AUGAAGGCCCAUACACUUGUCGUGGGUGCUUGCUUCUUACUCGGUUUGUCUGGCAUUAAUGCACUCGAAUGUUACGUGUGUAACAGCUACACUGACAGCCGGUGUGGUGACAAAGAACCACAUCCAAGUCUUAUUCAAAAAUGUGACAUGCUUUCAAGUGGUGGCACCAAGUACACUAUGUGCAGAAAAACCGUGCAGUCUAUUGAAUUCGCAGUGAAUGGAUUGCCACCAGAGAUAAGAACCAUAAGAACUUGCGGAUACGACGAAUCAAACUACAAAGGCCGAUGCUACCAACGCGGAGGUUUCGGAGGUCGACAGGAGGUCUGCUCGUGCUUAACCGAUCGCUGCAACUCAGCGACAACGAUUUUGGACAAAGCGCCCCACUUUAUUUUAAUGCUUGUGUGUAUUAUCGGUAGUGCCGUGCGCACCCUGGUCGGCAACUAA